UAGAAAUUUAAAAGAAAAGAAAAAGAUUGCGCUCCGCAGAGUUGUUUUUAAAUUAUUUAACAUUUUGUUGCGCACCAGUUGACAAGGCGUGGACGAUAAAUAAAAAAGAAAAAGAAAAACAGCUACUAAACAGAAUCCCGUGUGCUGCCAUGGACAGUGUGAAGAUGGAAUCUGUCCAGAUUAAAGAGGAGUUCCCUGAACUUGAACCUGUCCCCAUUAGAGUGGAGUUCUCUGGGCUGGCUUCCCUCCCCAUUAAACAGGAGCUCUGUGAGAUACAAUGUGACAGCAGUCAGCCAGAGGACUCUGACAUUAAAGCUGAGCACAAUGAAUUGGAGAUCCCCCAGAUGGAAGAAUCCCUUCCUGUGAAACAAGAAGAGGUUCUGGAAACUGUCCGUAUUAAACAGGAGCCCCCUGAAGUAGAGUUUGACGACAUGGAACCAGUGAAGGAAGAAUCUGAAGACUUCAAACCAAACAUCCUUGAGCAGGAGCCUGUACGCCUGCGGGAGUGUAGAGUGGUGCUGGAGAGAAUCUGUGUGAGAGAGCAAGGCGCUGGAGAGGAAGGCUCUCCCAACAGCAUGCAAGGAGGUGGAAAGGAAGACGGGCGCUCCCAUUCAGAAUGCAGUCUAGCAGAAAGACCUUCACAUGAAUUGGAGAUCCCCCAGAUGGAAGAAUCCCUUCCUGUGAAACAAGAAGAGGUUCUGGAAACUGUCCGUAUUAAACAGGAGCCCCCUGAAGUAGAGUUUGACGACAUGGAACCAGUGAAGGAAGAAUCUGAGGACUUCAAACCAAACAUCCUUGAGCAGGAGCCUGUGCGCCUGCGGGAGUGUAGCGUGGUGCUGGAGAGAAUCUGCGUGAGAGAGCAAGGCGCUGGAGAGGAAGGCUCUCCCAACAGCAUGCAAGGAGGUGGAAAGGAAGACGGGCGCUCCCAUUCAGAAUGCAGUCUAGCAGGUUCCAGUCCAGCAGCUAAAGCGAGGGCGGGCGGUGGAGAAUAUCCUGACUGUGGGAAAGGUUUCACCCAGUUAGGAAACCUGAAAACACACCAGCGAAUUCAUACAGGAGAGAAACUGUAUAGCUGCUCUGACUGUGGGAAGAGUUUCAGAGAAAGAGGAACCCUGACAAAACAUCAGCGAAUUCACACAGGAGAGAAACCGUAUUGCUGCUCUGACUGUGGGAAGAGUUUCAGAGUUUUAGGAAAACUGAAAACACACCAGCGAAUUCAUACAGGAGAGAAACUGUAUCGCUGCUCUGACUGUGGGAAGAGUUUCAGAGAAAGAGGAACCCUGACAAAACAUCAGCGAAUUCACACAGGAGAGAAACCGUAUUGCUGCUCUGACUGUGGGAAGAGUUUCAUUCAGUCAGUUCAUCUGAAAACACACCAGCGAAUUCACACAGGAGAGAAACCGUAUUGCUGCUCUGACUGUGGGAAGAGUUUCAUUCAGUCAGAUCAUCUGACAACACACCAGAGAAUUCACACAGGAGAGAAACCGUAUUGCUGCUCUCACUGGGGGAAGAGUUUCAGUCAGCCAAGAGCCUUGAAUAAACACCUGCGAAUUCACACUAGAGAGAAACCAUAUAUCUGCUCUGACUGUGGGAAGAGUUUCAGCCACACAGAAUCCCUGAAAACACACCAGCGAAUUCAUACAGGAGAGAAACCGUAUUGCUGCUCUGACUGUGGGAAGAGUUUCAGUCAGUCAGGAUACAUGAAAACACACCAGCGAAUUCACACUGGAGAGAAACCAUAUCUCUGCUCUGACUGUGGGAAGAGUUUCAGUCACACAGUAUCCCUGAAAGCACACCAGCGAAUUCAUACAGGAGAGAAACCAUAUUGCUGCUCUGACUGUGGAAAGAGUUUCCGUUUUAAAACCAAUCUUCAUACACACCAACGAAUUCACACAGGAGAGAAACCGUAUCACUGCUCUGACUGUGGGAAGAGUUUCCGUACUAAAAAUGACCUUCGAGUACACCAACGAACUCAUACAGGAGAGAAACCGUAUUGGUGCUCUGACUGUGGCAAGCACUUCCGUCAGGCAGGAGCUCUGAAAUCACACCAGAGACGAAGCCCAUGUUCAUUCAGAACGAAACCUUAACCUUUCAUUAUGAGUCCCUGUGUAAUUUACUGUUUUGUGUAUCGCUCUAAGAGCUUGAUUUUUAAAUGUUCAAAAUGCAUUUCAGCUCUCUUGCACUCUGAUUGUGUCAGAAAGUGGGCGGAGACGCGGACACGUCACAAGAGGCUUCUCUGCUGUCAGUUUAACUCAGGCUGUCAAUGCAGUCAGUGCCUGGGAGCAGGAAUAUGCAGAAAGGAAACUAUUCUGCACCUCAUCUGAUGGACGAGUCAGGAGAAAUUGAUAACUCAGUGUGGGGAAUGAGUUUCAGGGUUUAGCAUUUAAACUGCAUAGACUUGAAAAUAAAUACAUUGAUGGGAACGAGUAUCCCGACCCCGGUAUGUAGCAUCCCAGAGACAAGACUGCACCGUCCUUACUGGACAACCGCCUGGAGGGUUUGUCUUGUACAUUUUGUCACGUUUCUAGAACAAAUGAAUCACAUCAAUGAUUGAAUAUUUUGCAAUGUGCAUUGUCCAUGCUUUUAUUUUACACUGCUUUUGUAAACUGCACCAUGUAAUACAAGUGUAGCACGCAUGUGCACGGGUCAUAGGUACAGAAACUCAGACAGGUUUUAUACCAACUCUUUCUUGCUCUUUUGCAGUGUUGGACCAUAAGAGUAGUUAAAGGGCUCCUCUGUGGUAUGAUUGUGUGGCACCUGCAGAUGUACAAGGGAGUGGAGAAAUGUGUAGCAUUGUAGAGCUUACCAGGAAUAGGCCCCGGUAGCCAUGGCGACUUGAGGUGAAAUGGCCUGAUCACCAUAGUAACACCAAUAUGUAUUGGGGGAGAACGCCUCUCCCGAAUUCCUGAGCUUUGGAGGCCCUGAAUAAACAAGAUCGGGUUGCACCUGGACUCCAAGGUGAGAGGUUGAAGAUGAAUAAUCCUUUGUGCUAGGGUUAGGUUUUCAGUAAGAAGAGAGAGCUACGGGUAACAGCCUUACAAGAGCUCUUCACAAUAUUCAACAGGGACACCCCAUAGUUUGAUCAACAUUAUAAGAAACUUAAAUAAAUCAAAAGGCCAUAAAGAGAAACUCGACCAACUGGGUUGCAAUCGAAGAAAGGAAAAGUCAACAAAUGUUGAACCAAUAAUGAAUGAACUGAUUCAGCCUGCUGCCACUGGUCAAAUUUACAGCAAGAGUUUUCCAAUCCACUGAGCGAGUCUGGGUUGUGUGACCAGGAAUACAAGCAAAUCCUACAGGAAAUCAGCCUCUGACGCUGGAACAUUGAACCACAAACAACAACUUCAUUCUAACCUGCAUCGACUACAAGACAAAGAUUGAGUAUCCCAGCUCAACUAAAGAGUGCAGAGAUUGACAGAAUCUAUAUGUGGGAAUGUAAUACA